AUUGAAGAGUGGAUUGUAUACUGAGGGCUCCCAAGUGCUUCCAGAAGCCAAUAAAAGAUCAUUCCAGUUUACUUCACGGCUAAGGAGUUAGCCCUCAAGGACCAUGGCCCAAAAACUGCAAGCAGAGUUGACCUGUCCAAUUUGUCUGGAUUUUUUCUAUGCUCCCGUUUCUCUCUCUUGUGCACACCUUUUCUGCUUUGACUGCAUUGAGAAUUGGAUGCUAGAAACGGAUGAUUUGAAAGUGAUGUGCCCCUUGUGUCGAGUAAUAGUGGAGGCACCUUUUUUGGAAGAAUGGCAAGUGAGAACCAUAUCACUUAUCACCAAGCAGCAUGAUUCCAUAUUUGAGAAAACUCUGCAUGUGAGGAAGGAGCUCCAGCAUUACUGGGAGGAUGUGACCCUGGAUGCAGCCACUGCCAGCUCCCACCUUGUCUUCUCCAAUGAUCUGAGAAGUGCUCAGUGUGGGACGAUCCACCACGACCUGACAAAAGAUUCCAGGCUGACCUGUGUCCUGGGUACUCCCUGCUUCCUCUCCGGCCAACAUUACUGGGAAGUUAAAGUGGGAGAUGUGAAGUCGUGGUCCCUUGGCAUCUGCAAGGAGUCGGCUGACAGAAAGAGCAGUGAUUUAUCCCCUGAGCAUGGCUUCUGGAUUAUUAGCAAGGAGGCAGGAGCAAUCCAUGCUAAUGCCAACCUGGAGAGAAUUCCUGUAAGCCCUGGCCUUCACUGUGUGGGAAUUUUCCUGGAUGUUGACUUGGAAGAAAUCCAGUUUUUUGAUGUGCAAAAUAAUGCCCACAUCUAUACGCAUGACUCUGUCUCCUCUUCGGAGCCUUUGCGUCCAUUCUUCUAUCUUGAGCUGCCGAGAGAAGGGGCGAGUGGCGCUGUCUUGACCAUCUGUCCCCUGAGAAAAUCAGCCCGUCCUAGAAGCUUGUGAAGAGGUGA